ACAAACCGCAAAUUUGUGAGCAGGUCAAAUAAAUACUCGCAAAUAAGAUUAUAAAUUAAAAUUUUCAAUGGGUGUGCGAGGACUCACCGGUUAUAUAGCGCGUCAUGCAGAGCAAUAUCUGCUGCCUUACGAAUUACAUGAUUGCAAUCUGGUGAUCGAUGGCGAUAGCUUGUCCUGUAAUUUAUUCAAAGACGUGUCGGGGAAUUGUUCAGCCUUUGGUGGCGACUAUGAUGACUUCUAUCGUGCUGUGGUGGAAUUCUUUCAAGUGCUAGCUGAAUGUAAUAUUGAACCUUAUGUUUUAAUGGAUGGUGGAUAUGAAUAUCGCAAAUUGCAUACAGUCGGUAAACGGUUGAGAGGAAAAAUAGCCAUAAUCAAACGCAUAAAUCCUUGUGGCUCCAACACAAUAUUUCCACUACUCAUGAAGGAAGUAUUUGUUGAUGCAGUACGUGAUUGUGGAGUGUCUGUGAUGCGUUGUGUGUUUGAGGCAGAUGACGAGUUGGCGACACUAAGCCGGAAGCUUGGAUGCCCAGUGCUUACCUAUGAUUCUGAUUUCUAUAUAUAUAAUGUGCAAUAUAUACCACUAAUUACAUUGACAGUAAAAGCGCAUACAAAGCGUUUAGAUGAAGCAGAAGAGUCGAAGGAAGAUACAUUGCCCCAGCGUAAACUGCGCAAAAACGAAGCGAAACGUGUGGAGAAAUUGACAAAGGCGAAUCGCAUAGUAAGUGAAAUUCAGGUGAAUAACAUCGAAAAACGCGCGCCGAAAAAGGGAAAAACUUACAAAUUCUUGGACUGUUGCAUAUACCGAAUUGAGCACUUAAUAGCGCGACGAUCGAUUUGUAAAGAGAAGUUACCACUUUUUGCAGCACUGCUAGGCAAUGAUUACAUUGGACGUUCUUGUUUCAAAAACUUCUUCGCCGCAGGAAUGGGCAAAGUUGGGCGAAGUCGAAAAGUGCAACGUCAACAGAAAAGAAUACAAGUAAUAUUACAGUGGCUAAAAGAUGAAACUGUGGAAUCGGCACUAUCGAAAAUUUUAAGUCGUUUGCGCAAGGUUCAGAGAAAGUCUUUGUUGGAUCAAAUGAAUGCAGCAAUCAGUGGAUAUUCAAUUGAAAAAUGUCACUCCUAUGACUUUUUUAUAAAACAUUAUGAUAACGCAUUUGUAAGGUACCCGCCAAAGAAACUGGAGGAUGACAGUGAUGAUGUUAUUGAUGAAGUCGAAGGCGUCGAAGAAGAACAAGACGAUGUCGCAGAAAGUAAUGAAGAAUGUCCGGAAGAUGACAGUGGGGAAGACAGUGAUAGUGAAGAGGAUUCUGAUCUCGAAGAAGGAGACAAAGAUGAAGCAAUAGAAGGUGGUGAAGACAAAGAUAAUGAAGAUGAGAAUGAAAACGAAAACGAAGAAGGAGAUGAAGAUGAGGAGGAUGAAUGUGAAGAUAAGACAGCAAAAUUCCCCACUUGGUUCUUGGAAAAGUUAUAUCCUGCACACCUACCACGCUACUUUGUGGAUCUCGUACAUCUUCGAAAAUAUAUAAACAGUCCACAAAUUGAACAUUUUCCCUAUAACGAUUGCAAUGAAAUUGCACUGCCAAUUUUAAGAUAUAUUUUUACAUUAUUGAACAGUGCAAAAGGUGAGGAAACGCAACCCGCGCUUGACGAGAACGGUGAACCACUCCCUAUUGAGUUUACUUAUAUGGGUCGAAGACCGCGAGUUACAAAUAUACAUUACACGCGCUAUGCCAUUGAAAGUGAAAAGAAAUUUGAAUUUACACCUGCGCAACCUGAACCUGAACAUUUACGAAACGUUUUUAAAGAUAAAAUGCCUCACUUGGACAGUGAAAAACUUUUUGGAAAAGUUGAACAACUCCCAAAAGACCUACAAUUGUAUUUCCUUGCUAUAGUUUAUUGGCUGCAUAAAUCACAAAAUUGUGACCUAAUACAUCUUCAUGCUUUAAUUAUAUGUGUGGUUGUACUGCGUACAAUCGACUCGAAAAUACCCGCCGAACGUGAUCUAAAGGAAUUCCAGAAGCGUUUUGGCAAAAUUGUCAAAAAAGAAAAAAUUGUUCGUGAUACUGAAGCGCUUAAAGGUAAUCCACGCACGAUUAAGGACCAUCUGCUCGCGUUAUCUAUACCGGAACGCAUGGAGUAUAUACCAAAAUCCGAUUGCUACCUCGUCAUGGAUAAUUUACUAAAGCAUUUUCAUAUGCAGGAAAUUUUUAAAAAGAAAUACGAUGCAUAUUCGACAAUUGUUUUGCAUGCCUUCUCAGAACUCCAAUCGAUUGUCUUUCAGUUGUAUGGACUAAACGGUUUGCUUGAUAUGCCCUAUGAGCAAGCAAAAAUGGGUCAACUAUUUUGUGGUGUCUUCAUUUACAAUUUAUACGAUUUGUUAAAGACGCGUGUUGAUAUUACAUAUUACAUAAAAAACUUUAUUUUUCGUGACUCACAAAUGAUGUUUGACUUCUACAACUAUCUAUGGCAAUCGUGUGAUGAAUUUGUGCCGCAUUGGAAACGACCUUCCACAUCGACAACUACAACAGUCGUAAAUAAAAAAGCUUUGAAAAAGAAACGCCAAGCUGCGCGUAAGCUUACAGCUGCGCAGGAGAAUGCGGAUCCCAAUGCGGAUAUUGUAGAUCGCAGCGGAAGUGAUGAGGCUGCAGUUGCGGAAGAAGUGUUCGAAGACUUGAAUAACAAGUUUAGCACAUUCCUUACAGUGAGAUAAAAAUGUAAGAAUAUUGUAAAUUUGUUGUACAUUUAUAUAUGUAUGUAUGCAUAGAAAACCGCGAAAAAUAAAAAUAAUGUU